AUGGAUGUAACAGAAGUAAAACAUUAUCGUGUAUAUAAAAUACGAUGGAUUCAAUUGAUUGUCUAUAUAUUAACAACAUUUGCUAAUGCAACAAGUGCUAUGACUUUUGCUCCUAUUGAACCCCAAACAUCGAAAUUUUUUAAUAUAACAACAGCAGAACACCUUUUUUUUAAAAAUUCUACAGCAUUAUUUGCUGCUCGUUGGUUUCCACCUUCUCAAUGUGAUAUAGCAACAUCUAUUUGUUCAAUGGCUAAUCCAUUAGGUUUAGCUAUUGGUUCUCAUUUACCAUCAUUAAUAAUAACUGAUAAUUCAUCAUUAAAAUAUUUUUUUAUUCUUUUAAUAAAAGAUCAUCAAUCAAUUAAUUUAAAACAAGAUUUUAUUAAUCUUAUUAAAAAUCGUCAUUAUUUAAUUCUUUUAUUUUGUUUUACUCUUGGUUUAGCUUUAUUUAAUACAAUAAAAACAUUAAUUGAACAAUUAAUUAAACCAAGUAUAUAUACAAAUGAAGAUGCUGGAAUAUUUGGUGCUAUUAUUAUUAUUGCUGGUCUUUUAAAUGCAUUUUUAGCAGGUUUUAUUAUGGAUAAAACUGAUGCUUAUCGUCUUAUAUUAAAAAUUUUAUUAAUUAGUGUUUGUGCAUCAGCCAUUUUCUUUAUAUUAAUUCUUCGACCAAAUCAAUUUAAUCGAUUAUCUCUAUCAAUUUGA